ACAAGGUCCGGCCGUAGAUACCACUCGGUCGUUAUCAUGAAUGAACAAGCGCUCAUUGAAUCUUUCUUUCAAACCACAUCUGAUCUCCAAUUGGAGCCUCUUUUGGAUCUAUUAACAGAUGAUGUUACGGUUAUAUAUCAGCUGGCUCGGAUUGACGGAAAGACAAAGUACCGACUCCACCUGACCCACCUCUUUGCUCUCGUCUCUCGCCAUCAAUCUCUCCAUGACCUGAUCCCAGAAUCAAUUGCUCCCAAAACAACUUGGAAAUACAUUUAUCACACAAGAUGUUGUUGCGUCGGACCCCAUUGCGUGCAAGGCCCAAUAGAGUUUGAGUUUUGCAAUGGACGGAUUUCAAAGAUUGUUUUUGGAAGGGUUGUCAAAACGAGUGUUUAUCCUCGAGUGUUUGGUGGGACGGGGUUAGUUACGGGACGGUGGUGAAAAAAACGUUCCGGUCCGCCGCCUUAUUUAAAGGGGGCAGUGCUGAACGAACGUCCAAGGUUGAGCAGAAACACGUGAAAGACGCGUGAUGAGUAUUACAUCAGCAACUCCCUGCCACCUUAAAGUACCACGGACGAAUCCGACACUGGUCCCUGCACUGAUCCAUUGGAGGUAGACUACAACUCGAAUCGAAUUAUUUAGACAGGGCAGAAACAUGGCAGUGGUUUGAAUUUGAUGUAUUUAAAUGACGAAUAUGUGGUAUCCCACGCAUUUGCUGCGUGCCCCUGACAAAAUUCGAGUGUUACAAGUAGUUUCUUGCAUUGUGGGUUGUUGUGGUUGCAUUCUUUAACUCGCCAUUUUAUAGCUGUUGCUCUGGCGGGAUUAAACCUGGUUAACGCCAACGCUGGUGUGGUUCUGGUGUGGUUCUGCUAUGUUUCUGCUCUGUCUGACCGUUAAAUACGUCGACUCGAGUUGUAGAAGGCUACCUGUGCGAUGCCAACAGCUCUCUUGUAUAUAGUCCCUCCGAGUUCGAAAUGCUGGGUUUUGCGUGACCAUGGAUCGCAGAAAAGUGGAAAGUUGAGUGAGUCGCGGGGCACAGAUGAUCAUCUCUUGUAACGGGUGGUUCGGUAUUGCCCUAAACUGUGCAAUGAUCUCACCUGCUGCCAUUAGCUGUAAUGUCAACCACGUCCCGAAUCGUCGAAUGAAAGAAAUCUCUGACAAUCCGAUCAGCAAUCGAUCUCAAACUGGCAGAACUGUAAAAAUGGUUGGUCAGGACGCUCGCUUUGUCCUAUGGCAACUCUGUGGGACUGCCCUUUGUGGCCACCUGCAUGUAGUUUCGUCAGGCACACAAUCCACAGAUCAAGGAGCUGCCUGAGGACUAUUUUAUUCAAUCAAGGACAUUUUCCUCAGGGACACUGUUUGACACGCUGGAGCGCCUUGCGGCUUCUGGAUGGUACGAUUUCCAACAGUCGAUGGGACAUUUGCCGCUUUGGGACAGCAGUGGCCAGUGUAAAACGGCUGAACGGCAGCAUGUGGGGAAGGAGAUCUUGUGUUUUGUUGACAACCUAGUUAUCAACAAAAGCAAAGGGAGUUUAGUCCCAGAAUAGCUGUAAGCUGAUUAUAGGGAAUGCCGGACCCAAGAGACUCUUCUCGAAAUUGGGGGUCCGAUGGCUCAGCUCAGCUUCCGCCAAUGUGGGACAUACAAUGCAUUUGGAACAUAACAAAAAACAUUCUGGGUUCAAGGACACACUUGUGUGUUGACAAAAAGGGAUUCGCAUGUUCGCUUGCAUCGUUGAAUGAAUGUAGUUGCGUGUAGAUGUCAACAGUUUGAUCAUGAGAUGUCCCCCAAAACGGGAAUGUUAUUAAAAGAGCAGAGGCCAUUCAUACUAUGCAGUGAACUACUUCUUGAAUGUACGUGGCACCAUACUGACCCUUGGAUGCUCAUUUAAAUGACAUUAUCCAAAAGAAUGAAAACAAACAUAAACUAAUUAGAGAAUCCCUUUCCAACCUCUACUUGAUGGCCCGUCCAAAUGAUGAGGCUUUGAACGAGCAAGUCUCAAGUGCGACGACGGCGCGCGGUUUGGAAAAAAGGUGUGAAAGUGUUCAUUUUUUUUUAAAACCCAAAAUACUUUAUGUGCGCUAUAUAAAACACAUUUGGAGAGUAAGACUGUAAGAGCUGUCAUACCAGCAAAAAGAAAUUUCCCUUCCGUUGGGGCCAAGCUUUUUUGUCCUUCCUUUUGGGAGCACCUUGCGCAAAUCGUUCGUUUGCCUUUUCUUGCUUUAUUUUUUUAUUGCAAGCGAGCGUAUUUUGUAAUCGCCUCAAUGGACACAAGUAACUCGAACAACGGCGAUUUAGGGACAAGUUAAGGUUGACCUUUCACGCUUUGUGACGAGGAAGACGGACGAAUCGCUCGUUAAAAGUCUGUUGAGCUCUUCACACACCUCCCAUACCGUCCCCAUCUUUUUUUUCUCCUCCACCACCACUCCACGUACCCUGAACUCGGGCAUAUCUGGUUAUGAUAUAAAAUCGUUUUUUUUUUUUUUUUUUGGUCUACUAUGAGCGAAACAUAUCCUCUACGACCUUGCCGAUGGCACAUAUUCGUCCACGACUGCGAAUCCUCAUCCUUUUUUACUGCCGUAAUGUGGGUCACGGCAGCAGUCGGAUACCUCAUUUUCUUCCUCGGUCUCUGUCUACUUUGCUGGCGAUGGGGUAUAAAGAAGAACCGAGUAAUUGGACUAUCAACGAUUGAUUCGUACAUUGUUAUAAAUUCCAUUGGAUUUGGAUUGGGGAGAGCGCUGGAUUCGACAGCUCUGGCGUUAGUGUGGUUCUCGAAUGCAACGUGGGCCCAACUGUCCUCCGAUAUCCCAUACGUAUGCGGUUUGAUUUCUGUAUGGAUCUACCUCUGCUCCCUAGUGCGGAUGACGCCAGCCUAUACAACCGAUACAAUUUGGCUUCCCAGUCCAUCACUACUAAAAAUCAUCCGCCAUGCCUACCUCCUAACGAGCGCAAUCACCAUCAUCCCCGUCGGAAUCUUUUCUGGUCGCGCACGAGAUGCAGGAGACCUUGACCGUGAAUCCCUCCUAACCUGCAUCCUCUACCUCCUCUACUCGUUCUUUUGCGGUGUUUUGAGCGCUGGCUUUGCCUUUUUUGGACGGCAGAUGGUCCGUGUUGCGGAGGCCUCUGCGGCGGACCUCAAAGCCAACAGCCGGAGUCGAAUACAAACUUCGACGGCUGGGAGUAUGGGAUGCAAAGGGGGUGAAACGACGUCCGCGGGAACAACCAAAAGUGGGGAUUCAAGGAUGCGAAAAGCGAUUGGCAAAAUGAAACUCUUCAACUGGACAUUUACUUGCAUAUUCCUCUGGUUCGCUGCUGUCCUCAUGGUCUUUUCCUUCCGGGCCGACACACUUUUUGCCACAACUUGGUGGUCCCGCAUUCAAAGCAUAGGGACCAACGUCAUGACUGUGAUACUAGUCUUGAUUGGAUAUGGUGGCCUCAUAUGGGGAGAAUUCCACUCACCCGACGACGAAAUAAAUGAAAAUCUAUCGGGAGCGGGCAGUAAGACUGUACCUGUCUAAAUGUGGGAGCGACAGUACUUUUAAUGGGUUAGGACUUUUCUUUGUAUUUUCUUUUGUUUAUGUUUUCUGUUACGUUAGUGGGGGGCUGGUGGGAGUUUGUGACUGGAGGACAAACGUUUUUUUUGGUUAGCCUUGGCUCAUUGUUGAACGAUGAGACUCGAACCUUUUCAUGUCUAUUAAUUAUACCCGUAGUUUUUUUGGAUAUUUGUGUGUUGACCCAUGCUUGCCAAAUGCAAAUCUUAUCAAUAAUGUUUGCGAACGAUGAGGAUACUAUUCUGUCCACUAAUGUUUGCGAACGAUGAGGAUA